AUGUUCCUUCGCUCCGUCCCUCGUGCUGCUGCUCGCAGCUCGGCCAUGCCCACCACCGCUAUUCGUUCCUACCGCACCGUCCCGGGCCCAAUGGCCUGUCUGAAUGCUCGCCCUCAGCCUGAGAAGAAGUCUAUCGCUCCUCAGCAGACCCGUGCCUCAUCCGAGCAUGCCAUUGCCAAUCCCACACUCGCCGGUAUCGAGAAGCGUUGGGAGGCUAUGCCUCCCCAGGAGCAGGCCGAACUGUGGAUGCAACUGAGGGACCGCAUGAAGGUUGAUUGGCACCAGAUGACUCUGCAGGAAAAGAAGGCUGCCUACUGGAUUGCUUUCGGUCCCCACGGCCCUCGCGCUCAGGCUCCUAAGGGAGAGGGCCUGAAGAUUGCCGUCAAGGUCGCCCAGCUCACUCUUGCCUCUGUGGCUAUCUUCUACGCCAUCCACUUGUUUGCUAAGCCCCAGCCCAAGACUAUGUCCAAGGAAUGGCAGGAAGCCAGCAAUGAAUACGCCCUGAGGGAGAAAAUCAACCCUAUCUACGGCAUCAGCGCCGAGGGUUAUGAGGGCAAGGGUUUCGUUCAGAGCCCCCCUGCGGAGAAGUCGUAA